AAAUCAAUUUCACGUCGAAUUAUUUUCACUAAUCAACUCGUGCGCAGUUAUUGUAACGUUCCAGUGAGGAACGCGUGCCUGUAACAAUGGUCAAAGUUUUUGUUGUUUUUAUUUGCGUAUUUUACUACAUCCUGCCAGCAUAUCAAGAUAAAUAUGACGUUAUAAUAAUUCCAGUACCGAAACAACCAAAUGUUCCUCUAAGAUCAAAGAAAGUUCUCGAAGUGAGUGUACCGAAAAGGUUGUUAUUAAAAAAUCCAUUCAGAAAAGACGAUUUCUACAAACUUGAUAUUGAGAACUACGAUGCACCUACAGAAUUACCUGAUAUUGAUAACUUCGAUUAUACAAAGGAUCGAGACGAACAUCCGAAAAGGAUUGGUGAUUAUGACGAAAAUUCUAAUGAAAUGCAAAAAUCAGUAUACGGCGAAGAUAAAAUUGUUGGCGGGUUUGAAGUUGAUAUCAAUUUGUAUCCGUAUCAUGUAGCUUAUGGUACUAAUUGUGGUGGAGCUAUAAUUGACAAGAAAUGGGUGAUCACUGCUGGACAUUGUGGCAAGAAGCCAUAUGUAAGAAUAGGGUCUAAAUAUUUGAACCAGGGGAGGAAAGUGAUGGUAAAACAUAAUCACGUACACCCUAUAUGGGGGAAGAAGGUGAAGGAGCAUCCAUUCGACUACGACUUCCAACUCCUGGAGUUGAAUGAAAACUUGAAAUUCGAUGAGAAUGUCCAACCAGUCAAGAUAGCGCAUAUCGAGGAUAUGGUAAUUGGAAAGGUGGUGACUGUAACUGGCUGGGGGAAUACAGAGGAAAAUGGUCCAUACUCCAACGUACUCAGAGCAGUGAGGGUACCAAUAAUAUCGAAGGAGAAUUGUCAAAAUGUACCCUUCCCCUAUUUUAGAGGUAGCCUUACUGCUAGAAUGUUCUGUGCCGGCUUCUCUGAAGGGAAGAAAGAUGCUUGUCAGGGUGACUCCGGUGGUCCAGCAGUAGCUCAUGACAGGAUAUUGGGGAUGGUCUCCUUCGGGUACGGGUGCGCAACUCCAGGAUCUUAUGGUGUGUACAGCAAGAUCGCCAAGGUGAGACCAUGGAUCGAGCAGACCACCAAAAUAAAGUUCGAUUAAAUAUAUAUAUAUAUAUAUAUAUACAUAUUUUUGAAAUAUUUUUCGGAAUUUUAUUUAACUGUAAUUGUAAUGAAAAAUAUUGUUUAUUGCUUAUGGUUUUA